AUGGCACGAGGCAAGACCUCCUCUACGGGCGCCUCGACACCGCCCUCUGCGCGUCGGAAAGCGACCUACAACACCCCAGACCCGUCCGACGUCGACGUCGACUCGGACUAUGGCCCUUCCUCGUCGUCGACCCCGGUCCGUCGCGCGACCCAUGCCUCCUCAGCCGUGGCGACAUCGACCAGGGGUCCGGUCCCUCUUUCGUCCGAAACGUCCUACCACAAACGCACGAGGACGAUCCUGCUCGACCAUCGCAGGCUGCGCAGGGAGUGGAACGAGCUCGUGUUGAGGGGUCUCGUCGGCCGCAUCAGGAGUGCGAUCGAGCUCUAUUCCGAAGUACAGUCAGUCCAAACUCGUACCAGACCACUCUUCACACAUCGCGAUCGCUUACCUCUCUCGAAGAACGGACAGAUCCGCGCUCAAAGUCAUUGACGCCGCGUCGAUCCCGGCCGCCGCCGAGGCUACCUCGUCUACUUCGUCCCCUGCACCCUCGGCAACUCGCACCUCGAUCAUCCGAACGUCCUACAUCCUAUCCCAAUCCCACAAGCUCUCCGAGAACAUCAGUAUCGUCAACGCCGUCCUCGAAGCACUCGUACGCUCUGAAUCCCGCGCCAAUUCUUCCUCUCCGAACGUCUGGGCUGACCCACCUCGAUCCCCUUGCACCUCCUUACAGACCCAAGUUGCGAACGCCCUCCGGAUCCAGGACGAUCGUCUCCAAUCCUUGCUUUUGGAAGCUUCCGCAACGCGUGGCAUCCCAUUCGCCUUCAAGGAUCCUCUCUGGGUCACGUGGCCCUUGGCUCAAUUUGGUUCGUGGGCAGUUCGUAGUCGGGGAAAGCGUUCGCAAGGUUUUUACUUCGUUCACCUGUGAAAGGGCUAACACGCAGUUCUUCUUCCACACACCACCAGCUGAUGGCCUGGCGGACUUGACUGAGAGCUACACCCAAUCCCUCACCUUGGUCCGAUCCCUCGUCAACGACACCUUGAUCCGAUUCCCACCGCUCCCCGCCAGCACGUCCGAUCCUAAGCCCAUCUCGAACGAACAAAAUCGAAACACAGACACUGCUUACCCAACCGCACAAGAAACACAAGUGGCCAUGUCGCUGCUCGUGACCCAGCCUUUAAUUCAAGGGACCUGGUCGAGUCAGGGACCCGAGGCAUGGGAGGAGUUUUGUUCGACCGAAGUUGGGGGGUGGGAUUGA